GCGCGGUCGCCUUCGCCAAGGACACGGAGGCUUCCGACGCGGACACGGAGUCCCAGCCGCUGCGCCGCCUCUCUGCGCGGCCGCUUGGCUGCUGCGGGGAGGCAGCGCACGGGCGCCUCAGGCCCGGCGUCAUCGCCGGCGUGGCAGCGGCCCUCGCGGCGGGCUUUGUGGUGCUCGCAGGCGCCAGCGGAAGCCUUGGCCGCUUCGGCCACACGGUCUCAGCGGACCGCGUCUUCAGCAUGGAUGGCCGCAAGGUUUGCACCACCGUCCCGGGCAAGCACGUGAUGGGCAAGCCCCUCGACCAGCUCAGCGCGCAGCACGCGGAUGGCUGCAGGUACGACUGCGAGGUCAACUCCACGUGCGGAUGCUACGCGUUCGACCCCGACGAGAAGAGCGGGUGCCAGACCUACUAUUCGGAGUCGUGCGGUGGCUUCGUGAGCGCCGACUCCUUCAAGGGCGUUUCAGGAGAGUGCAGCACUUGUCCGUUCUGCUCACCGGAGGGCCUGCGCUCAAGGCCUUGGGUCGUCAUCCCCUUUUACCAUCGAGACCUCUGCAAGAUGAAGAUCCUCGCGAGCUCCCUGACGAAGCACGACCCCAACCACGAGCUGGGCGACGUGGUACUCCUGUGGCUUGACUCGGACACCCCCGGCAAAUACCAGGACGACAUCAACGUGAUCAUCGGGUACACUCAGGAGGGUCACGGGGUACACUUUCACGACUUCUCCUGGGCCAUGCACGCCGGCCUGAAGGGUUGGGAGUUGCAGCAGGUCAUGAAGCUUAAGGCUGCUAUGCUGGUCGACGCGGAGUUCUACGUGGUCUUGGACGCGAAGAACGCCUUCAUCCGCGAUGUGCAGCCAGAUACCUUCCUGAGCCCCUGCAACCAAGGCCUUGUCUUCGCGCAGUGGACCAUUGGCGAGCAGGGCGACGAGAAGUUCAGCUGGUUCGACCACGCCGCCAAGGACCUCGGCGUCGGUCUGCCGAGCGGCAAGAUGUCGGGCUCGAUCACACCAUGUGUCAUGCACACCAAGACCGUGCUCAACAUGUUCGAGCACCUCAGCGAGGCCAAAACCGUGCUGAAGGUCUGCGAGGGGCCGCUGUGCGGGUACAUCCAGCGGGGGGCCGGCGUGCACCUACGUCCGUCAGCUGGCCGACGAGAAGUGCAUCCACAACGCCGUGGACCACCACCCGGCGGUGUCCCUCUGGAACGGCGUCGACGUGAACGCCAGGGUGGGUGCCGUGGACGUCCCAGGGGGGAUGUUCGGGGCCCAGCCGGGGACCCUGCAGGGCCUCGGCACGGACGACUACUACCGGCUGGCGUACAAGAUGGAGGAGAUCUACGGGAAAGCCGGGCUGCACGACAGCAAGACGAAUUCCGUCGAGAGCCUCGUGGCGUGCGUGGCUCCCGACGCGUGACGUUGCGACGGCCUUGCCUCGCGCGUUGUUGCGGAGGGGGUCGAGACGAUUGCUGCCGCAGUCGUUGCCGUCGUUAUUUCCAGUGA